UCAAGAUGGCGACCAAAACAAGUUUCUUGUUUAUAGGUGCUUGGUUACUGUAAAAUAUUGAAAAUACCUUUAACCUGUAAGUUUGAUGAUUUUAAAUCGGCUUUAAAGUUUAAAACAGCACCUUGACAGCUAGUUACAAGAUGGACGCGGUGAUCGGAGUAGAACCACAGCUUAAUGCUAUCGUUAAACAGUAUAUGGAAUACAUGAAUUAUGUCUCAGCGGCAGAAGCUUUUGAGGAAGAGUUGUCGUCCGUAGGAAAAUCUGCUUCAAGUCCAGUAACCUCCAUUCACGGUGACCGAAAAAAGGAUGUGGGGGAAUCACUGUUGAGUUGUUUCGCAAGUGGAAACUACCAACAUUUCUUUAAGUUGUGGACAGCAAAUAUCUCGUCCAAAACGCUGCAUGAAGAUGUUGAGUGUCGGAAACUGGAGUUCAAUUUACGUCUAUAUUUUGCAGUUUUUCCAUUGGUUAAUAAUAUGGACAAAAUGGAAAUAGAAAGAAGGAAAAAGCAUUUUAAAACAUAUUUAGAAACAACUGGAUCUUCUCUUAGUCAAUCUGAAGAAUUUCUUCCAUAUUAUGCAUUACCAUUCAUUCCAGAUGUUAUGAAACACCCAUCAUUUAAACCUCUUUUCACUGAUUCCUGGAGAAAUGACCUCCAAAAACAGCUAAAAGAUUUUUUGUCAGAGCAGUUGAAAUCUGACGAGAAACCAGAGCUUUAUAAUCUAUAUAAAGCACGACCAGCGAUUAUCGAAAAAGAACGUCAGCAAUAUAACGACCAUAUCAAAGUUUUGAAAAACCAGCUCGCCGAGGCGGAAACCAAAUUGAUGAGUUACUUUAAAAAGUUUAGCCAAAUACAGGGAGACUAUCAUAAGCUAAUUGGUAUUGCGGCUGAAUUAGUCGACUCGUUGGAGGAUACAAUUCGGGGUAAAUUGAUUUCUUCAGAGUAUAUUCAAGAUCUCUGCGCCCGGCUGUUCAACGCUCCUAUGCAGCAAUCAUUGGACAUUAACAAGCCAGGAAUGACUUCCAAUAUGCUGCGAGCCUCGAUUGCCCAAACUAGUCUAAGCGGUAUGGACAACUUAAAUCAUCAACCGUUGGACUUUGAAAAAAUCAAAAACGACUUGACGAAUUUACCGGAACGAAAGAAGGCAUUUUUACUGCAAGCUUUGAGAUGGCGACUUACUCGCAGCCCAGGAGAGGAACUAAGACACUCAACAAUGAGAGCCUACAUUGGCAAUGAUUUGCUUGGUUGUGCUUUUCGUGGAGAGUACCAGGACACAUUAAUUGAGUUUCUUCAGUCCUCCAGCGCGGUCGUGUGUCAGUAUUUUGCAGGGUUGUUAAAUACCAUGGCAUCAAUGUCUGCCGGAAGAAGCUAUUUAUCCCAAAGCGUCAAGUUAGUCGAAGCUUUGCAGAAGACUUUGACAACUGAGCCAAAAAAUUCGCUCACGAGUGAAAAUAUUCUUGGAUGUCUGCAGAAACUGAGUUUGAGACGUCAUCUUCAAACACAGAUGAUUGAAAGUGACCUCGUUUCCUGGCUAAUUGAUGCUUUAGAGGACCAUGAUUCACUUUCGGAUUACACUUUAGAGUAUUCUGUCGCUUUGCUGAUGAAUUUGUGCCUGAGGACGUCCGGAAAGCAGAAGUGUUCAGAUGAUGCCAGCCAUAUUUUAAGAGUUUUAAGUGACCUUUUGGGCCACGAAAACCAGGAGAUCCGCCCCUACGUAAAUGGAUCACUUUACAGCAUCUUGGCGCUGCCACAUGUUCGAGAAGACGCCAGAGAGAUGGGGAUGCAAGAAAUUCUGGAGUGUUUUCUUAAAGACGAAGACGUUGACAUGCAAAGACAAGUUCAGUUUAUCAUCAAGCAACUAAAUCUUGGUUCCGACGAAUCUCCGAUUAAUUACGAUGUCGAUUCCGACGACGAAGAUGAUGACAUUGACGAGGAAGGUGACGCAAUCGAUGAAGAGCUGGAUAAGCAGGAAAUUCUUGAACCAGGAUCCAACGAAUUAGCUGGAGAGGAAUUAUUGGAGAGGGAAUACCUGAUUCUUCCUUCUGACUCCAAUAAUUUCUUGCGAAAAUCGCGAAAAAAUCACCUUCUUUUGAGCCUCGAUCAGCCACUUAGUCGACCAGUAACACCAGGAAGCAGAACUGGCGACAAUAAACAUGAUAAUAUACCUCGACCGGCAACUAAUGUUCUAGUUCAAAUACCCGAAAGUAUUUCGCCGCCAAUGUCGAGCAGUAGACCUGGGGCUUCGUCAAAACCAGGUUCAUCCAGACCAAGUUCUGCUCGGUUAAACUCUGCGAAGCCGAGCACUGCGGAUCCAAACAAAAACAGACCGCGGUCAGCAAAAGAAAUGUCCGAAAGCCACGAAGAAGCGAUUAAGGUGGAUAAAAAUUACGCGGCAGAACAGGAGGAGAAGAUGGAAAGACUGUUGCAAAACAGCGCUCUUACGCAAAGUGAAAUAUUUGGAACGAAAAACAAACUGCGUCGGUCACACGAUUCACGUAAUAACUCGCCAAGAUCUGGACCUCAAUCUAUCCCACCGUUGACCCGCUCUAUCUCUCCACCACCCCCCAAAUCCACAAGCAGACCAGGAUCAGCCAAUAGGGCUCAUAAGAAGAGGUGACGUCAUGCAAUCUGACGAUUAGUGAUUGGACGGUGAGUACCUGUUUGUUUCCCGAUGUAAUGAACGAAUACGAAUCACGCGAUACUAAGAACACAUUGAAAAAAAGUUCUCCGGGCUAAAACCGCAAUCUUUAGAAAUUGUUUUUAAACAGUGGCUAUGAAAAGGCGAUAUCUCGUAUAUUAUAAUCGCAUUUUAUCGUUUU